GAUAUCCUUAUUGAUAGUAUGCCUCUGGGCAGUGCUCAUGUUGUCCCUUCCUCGUCCCAGUUGCCAAUCAUGCACCAUCGGCUCAGCCAAUGAGUGCAAAGAGGCAGAAUUUGCUCCUGGAACCAACCUAGCAGGGGAAGGCUUUGACAUCACCAAAAUGAAACGCAAUGGAGCCUUUGUCAUUGACAUGAACGUGUGGAACCGCAAAGACAAGACAUGCACCCUCUGUAAGAAUCCCUAUCUGGAAGGGAAAAAACAGAGGCUUCCUUUGGCUGUGGUGGAUUGGAGACCAAACCACCAGUGUAGUAUGAAAGUGUCCAGUAAACUCCAUCACUCCAGUGAGUCUCUUGUCAGCGCCAGCAGCUCUGCUGUCGAGAAUAACUGGCAGGUCAAUCUAGAGUUAGAGAAGGGAUCAAAAAGUGGGAAGAUGAUGCUCGCUGGAACCAACUCUAAAUUGGCUGAGUACUCCAUGGAGAAAACCAAGAGUGACAAGUUCAGUUUCACAAGCCACGGUGUGUCCUGUGGGUAUUACAGGUAAACAUCAGGUGAACCACACAGCAUGAGCUCAUUUUACCCUUGUGUCUCUGUGAAACCUCAUCUCACAAUUUCCUUUGGGGAUUGUAAAUAAAAGUGUAUUUUUGCAUGUCUGGUAUAUUUCUGUGAUCGUUUCAUUUCGUGAGUGUUUGUCUGUAUCCAUAAAACAUUAACCCCCCUCUCUCUAUCCGGUCAGCCCAAGUUACACAGAUAAUUCAAGACAGCAGUGAAGAAUCUCCCCAAAAUAUAUCAACAAGAAAACAAACAACGUUAUUACAAGCUUAUUGAUAACUUUGGCACCCAUUACAUUACCAAGGUGAGGGAGAGAGAUGGUCAACAUCAAUGUGGUAAAUCAUCAAGGCAAUAGGCACACAAACUAAAGAUCAAAGUUAGGGAUGUUUACCCCUAGAUGUGCAGUUUACUGGCAUCCCUCUGGGAACAUUCAUUACCUUCUACCCUCUCAUCCUGUGUGUAGGUGAGCCUGGGUGGAACGGUGCAGUCUGUGACCAGUAUCAUGCAGUGCCAGGCCAGCCUGCAGGGUCUCAGUGCAGAGGAGGUGAAGAUGUGUCUGGUUGUGGAGCCGUCUGCCAGUGUGGGUGAUGGCAACAGCUUGAAGACUGAGUACAAGCACUGUCAGGAGGAUAAGUCUAAGACAGAGAGCAAGGCCAGCUUCUCCAGUGUCUUCAAUGAUAGGUGGGGAAUUAUAGUCUGCUGCUCAUUCACAUAUAGAUUCUCCCUCGCAACAUUUCUUUAUUUCUGUCUCCCUCUCUCUUCACACUUCCCUAAUCAAUACUCUCCCUUACUGAAAUGUGUACUGCCCCUCACAAAAACCUUCUCCCCCUCUGUCACCCUACAGGUUCACAGAGGUGAAGGGUGGCCACACCACAGAACCAGAACUACUCUUCUCUGCUGAUAAAGAUCCCUCCUCCUACAAGGAAUGGCUGAACUCCCUACCACUCUAUCCGGACAUUGUCUCCUAUUCGCUGGAAUCUCUCCAUGAGUUGCUGCCCACCACCAACCCAGUUCGGAAGCACCUGCGCAAGGCCAUCAGCGACUACAUCCUGGAGAAGGCCUUGUGGAAGAACUGUUCUGAACCCUGUCAAACUGGCAUCAAAAGUGACCACAUAGACUCCUGCGUCUGCAGCUGCCACAACAACCUCAGGGUGAGCGUCGAACUGCUGCCCCACCCGCAAGGGCCUGGCGCGGGUGGUCAUCACUGUUCAGAGAGGGGCCAACUUGUGGGGAGACCACACCACUGCCACUGACGGCUACGUGAAGGUAGCUUUUGCAGGCCAGAUGAUCGGACGCACUACAGUUAUCUACAACAACAAAAAACCCAGCUACUAUAGUUAUCUACAACAACAACAACCCAAGCUGGGCAAUGAGCUAUGACCUGGGAACCGUGGAUCUGUCAACCAGUAAGAAGCUGAGAUUUGAGGUGUGGGACGAGGACGACAAAUGGAACGACGACCUGUUAGGAGAAUGUGAGAAGGAGCUGACAGCCGGGGUGAAGGAGGAUCUCUGCAACCUCCAGCAUGGCCAAAAGUUCUACAAGUGGGAGGCGGUGUGUGCCCCCAGUCUGGGUGGCUCCUCCUGUAUGGACUAUGUGCCCUCCCCCAUGAAUCCCCACCUGGAGAAGGUGUAUGUGUCACGUCUCCUCCCGUUGCUCCCCUCCGGCGCUCUGAUUUGCCGGUCUACUGAGCCACCGGUCUGAGCAUACCACCUCGGCUACACCGGAAUGGAAACCCAAUGCACCCUAAUCACCUCCAGCGCACCUGCACCUCAUCAUCUCAUCACCACCCCUAUUUAUCCCUGGACUGUUCUGGAUGAUGUUGUGUGUGAUUGUUAAGCUUUGUGUCGUUUACUUUAUCUUUGUUAUUUCUCUUGCUCAUUGUUAAGUAAACCUUGACCUUGUUAAUUCCUGCGUUUUCAUCUUGCCUCUUCGUAUACUCAGUACGCGUCACAGUAUGUGUCUCGCCACUCCCGUCUCAUUCCAAAGGACAUGCUGGUGAGUAUGGGAGUGUUGGUGGACGGACCCAAUCUCCAUGCCAACAAGAGCCUCAGUACAGGGAGCAGAGAGUGUGGCAGAUUUUAGAGGUAUGCAUGGUGACCCAUGUCAAAACCCCAGGUAGAUUUCUCCAAUCUUUUCAAUAAAAUAAUAAAAUAAAUGUUUUGGUUGAAAAAUGUUUUGUAUAAUGUGUUUUGUUUUCUAUACUGUAUCUUUGAGUAUUAGUUGCUUGUUUUGUACUUGUUUGUGUUUAUUUACAAGGUAGCUUGCAUUCAAGUAAAAAUGUCUGAAUGAUUGGGUUACUUUAUGCAAAAUAAAAUGCUUAUAGCACAUGUAUGUUUCAAAUGCAAAGUUCUCUGAAGUUAACAAUCAGGCAAUAUGUACAUGUUGAUGCAAGAUGAGCACGUGCAUAGCUGUCCUUUCUUUUUAUGUAAGGUGUUGUAUUGUUACGUUAUGUAUUGUUGCAUUUAGUUUCGUUUUGUCUAAGUGAGAUGCCAGUUGUUUGAAGGCACUGUUGCCUUACUUGAGAGAGGAAGGACUAUGGUUUCCUGUGCACGGAUGAAGUUUAGGUGACGCCAUGCAAAAGACGAACAAAGUGUACUGCCGUGUAGACUGUUCUCUCUGCUACCGCACGGCAAGCGGUACCGGAGCGCAAAGUCUAGGUCCAAAAGGCUUCUUUACAGCUUCUACCCCCAAGCCAUAAAACUGCUGAAAAGCUAAUCAUGGCUACUUGGACUAUUUGCAUUGUUCCCCCCACCCCAUCCCACCCCAUCCCCCUCUUUUACGCUGCUGCUACUCUGUUUAUUAUUUAUGCAUAGUCACUUUAUCUCUACCCACAUGUACAUAUUACCUCAAUUACCUCUGUUCAAUUACUGUUCUUUUAUUUUACUGCCGCUCUUUCAUUAUUAGCUUUUUAUUUUAUUUUAACUUAUCUAUUUUUUCCUUAACACCUUUAAAAAUUUUUUUUUUUUAAAUGUAAUUAAAAAUUUGCAUUGUUGGUUAAGGGAUUGUAAAUAAGCAUUUCACUGUAAGGUCUACACCUGUUGUAUUCGGCGCAUGUGGCAAAUAAAAUUUGAUUCGAUUUGAUAUGACGACAAAACUAUUCCUGUUGUGGAACGUGUGAAGAAAAUGAAGGCCUUUGGGGACACAUUGUCUGUAAUAGCAUCACAGUAACAUAAGAAGUACUAUGUCAUGAACAAACAACACUAGCAUACUGAGGUACUAAGGAAUAGUUUUUCAUACACAUGACGUCUUCCGUAUGUAACAUCCAUCACAAUGCCCCUUAAUAAUGAUCUCAGAAGAAUUCAGGUGUCAGGUUUUGGGAACAUGUCUUUUAAUUUUCUUUUCUUUGGUGUUGAUUUAAACUCAUAGAGCUUCAUUCUUAAAACCCAACCCCCACAUUACAUGUACAAUACAUUUACCAUACCUUUACCAAGGUUAAAAGAAUGAGGAGACUGACAGACAUUAUAUGGUUGCUUUCUGACCUUUAGUGUGAAAUGGAUAUGAACACAAACACACUGGCAACACAAUCUCCAAAAAGAGGCAGGGGGCAUAGAGGAAGAGAGGGGACAGACACACACAACAAUACAAAAGACAGGGACCAUGAAGAAAAAACAGUCAAAUACAGAACAAAAAUGGAAUGGAUAAAAGUAACAACAGACCAAACAACAAACAUCACAAUGAACACAUGAUGGAAUGGAACAAAUAUUCACUUCAAGAAGGCCUCAGAUAAUUGACUUAACCUGGAGAGUCUCCCAGUCGGCCAUUUCAAUAGUUGUCCUAUGAGGUUACCCUAUGGGUAUAACAUGCCAUAAAUGUCAGUGUCUUUAUAUGAGAGACUUGAUGCCAUUGUUUAUUUUUUGAUAGUUCUGAUUGACACAUUCAAAUUAAGCUUGGAGCUAAGGCAGUGGAGUCUCCCUCAAACAUGUUUUAACUUCCUACUACAUUUGGAAAUGAGCAGCCUACAUGGUAGAGUGCGUCAACUGAGAGUGGGCUGGUUAACAUUGUUCCUUCAAAUUUUGUCUGAUAUGGGAACACUUUUUGAAUUACGCUGAACAAAAAUAUAAACGCAACAUGCAACAAUUUCAAAGAUUUUACUGAGUUACAGUUCAUAUAAUGAAAUCAGUCAAUUGAAAUAAAUUCAUUAGGCCCUAAUCUAUGGAUUUCACAUGACUAGGAAUACAGAUAUGCAUCUGUUGGUCUCAGGUACCUUUAAAAAAAAGGUAGGGGCGUGGAUCAGAAAACCAGUAAGUAUCUGGUGUGAGCACCAUUUGCCUCAGUUCAUCAGGCUGUUGAUUGUGGCCUGUGGAAUGUUGUCCCACUCCUCUUCAAUGGCUGUGAGAAGUUGCUGGAUAUUGGUGGGAACUGGAACACGCUGUCAUACACUUAGAUUCUGAGCAUCCCAAACAUGUUCAAUGGGUGACAUGUCUGGUGAGUAUACAGGCCAUGGAAGAACUGGGACAUUUUCAGCUUCCAGGAAUUGUGUACAGAUCCUUGCGACAUUGGGUCGUGCAUCAUCAUGCUGAAACACGAGUUGAUGGCGGCGGAUGAAUGGUACGACAAUGGGCCUCAGGAUCUAGUCACAGUAUCUCUGUGCAUUCAAAUUGCCAUCGAUAAAAUGCAAUUGUGUUCAUUGUCCAUAGCUUAAGCCUGCCCAUACCAUAACCCCAGCACCACUAUGGGGCACUCUGUUCACAACAUUGACAUCAACCCACACAACGCCAUACACGCUGUCAGCCAUCUGCCCAAUACAGUUAAAACUGGGAUUUAUCUGUGAAGAGCACACUUCUCCAGUAUGCCAGGGGCCAUCAAAGGUGAGCGUUUGCCCACUGAAGUUGGUUACGACCACGAACUGCAGUCAGGUCAAGACCCUGGUGAGGACGACAAGCAUGCAGAUGAGCUUCCCUGAGACGGAUUAUGACAUUUUGUGCAGAAAUUCUUCGGUUGUGCAAACACACAGUUUCAUCAGCUGUCUGGGGUGGCUGGUUUCAGACCAUCCCGCAGGUGAAGGAGCCGGAUGUGGAGGUCCUGGGCUGGCGUGGUUACACACGGUCUGCGGUUGGGAGGCCGGUUGGAUGUACUGACAAAUACUCUAAAACGCUCUGGUGGACAUUCCUGCAGUCAGCAUGCCAACUGCACGCUCCCUCAAAACUUGAGACAUUUGUGGCAUUGUGUUGUGUGACAAAACUGCACAUUUUAGAGUGGCCUUUUAUUGUCCCCAGCACAAGGUGCACCUGUGUAAUGAUCAUGCUGUUUAAUCAGCUUCUUGAUAUGCCACACCUGUCAGGUGGAUGGAUUAUCUUGGCAAACGAAUGCUCACUAACAGGGAUGUAAACAAAUUUGUGCCCAAAAUUUGAGAGAAAUACGUUUCUUUUGCAUAUGGAACAUUUCUGGGAUCUUUGAAACAUGAGACCAACAUUUUACAUGUUGCGCUUAUAUUUUAGUUCAGUAUAUACAGUGGGGAGAACAAGUAUUUGAUACACUGCCGAUUUUGCAGGUUUUCCUACUUACAAAGCAUGUAGAGGUCUGUAAUUUUUAUCAUAGGUACACUUCAACUGUGAGAGACGGAAUCUAAAACAAAAAUCCAGAAAAUCACAUUGUAUGAUUUUAAAGUAAUUAAUUUGCAUUUUAUUGCAUGACAUAAGUAUUUUGAUACAUCAGAAAGCAGAACUUAAUAUUUGGUACAGAAACCUUUGUUUGCAAUUACAGAGAUCAUACGUUUCCGUAGGUCUUAACCAGGUUUGCAACACACUGCAGCAGGGAUUUUGGCCCACUCCUCCAUACAGACCUUCUCCAGAUCCUUCAGGUUUCGGGGCUGUCGCUGGGCAAUACGGACUUUCAGCUCCCUCCAAAGAUUUCUAUUGGGUUCAGGUCUGGAGAUGGCUAGGCCACUCCAGGACCUUGAGAUGCUUCUUACGGAGCCAGUCCUUAGUUGCCCUGGCUGUGUGUUUCGGGUCGUUGUCAUGCUGGAAGACCCAGCCACGACCCAUCUUCAAUGCUCUUACUGAGGGAAGGAGGUUGUUGGCCAAGAUCUCGCGAUACAUGGCCCCAUCCAUCCUCCCCUCAAUACGGUGCAGUCGUCCUGUCCCCUUUGCAGAAAAGCAUCCCCAAAGAAUGAUGUUUCCACCUCCAUGCUUCACGGUUGGGAUGGUGUUCUUGGGGUUGUACUCAUCCUUCUUCUUCCUCCAAACACGGCGAGUGGAGUUUAGACCAAAAAGCUCUAUUUUUGUCUCAUCAGACCACAUGACCUUCUCCCAUUCCUCCUCUGGAUCAUCCAGAUGGUCAUUGGCAAACUUCAGAUGGGCCUGGACAUGCGCUGGCUUGAGCAGGGGGACCUUGCGUGCACUGCAGGAUUUUAAUCCAUGACGGCGUAGUGUGUUACUAAUGGUUUUCUUUGAGACUGUGGUCCCAGCUCUCUUCAGGUCAUUGACCAGGUCCUGCCGUGUAGUUCUGGGCUGAUCCCUCACCUUCCUCAUGAUCAUUGAUGCCCCACAAGGUGAGAUCUUGCAUGGAGUCCCAGACCGAGACUUCUUCUAUUUUCUAAUAAUUGCGCCAACAGUUGUUGCCUUCUCACCAAGCUGCUUGCCUAUUGUCCUGUAGCCCAUCCCAGCCUUGUGCAGGUCUACAAUUUUAUCCCUGAUGUCCUUACACAGCUCUCUGGUCUUGGCCAUUGUGGAGAGGUUGGAGUCUGUUUGAUUGAGUGUGUGGACAGGUGUCUUUUAUACAGGUAACGAGUUCAAACAGGUGCAGUUAAUACAGGUAAUGAGUGGAGAACAGGAGGGCUUCUUAAAGAAAAACUAACAGGUCUGUGAGAGCCGGAAUUCUUACUGGUUGGUAGGUAAUCAAAUACUUCUGUCAUGCAAUAAAAUGCAAAUUAAUUACUUAAAAAUCAUACAAUGUGAUUUUCUGGAUUUUUGUUUUAGAUUCCAUCUCUCACAGUUGAAGUGUACCUAUGAUAAAAAUUACAGACCUCUACAUGCUUUGUGAGUAGGAAAACCUGCAAAAUCAGCAGUGUAUCAAAUACUUGUUCUCCCCACUGUAUAAGGGGCUGGACGUGCGGGUGAGAAGCUGGGGUAUAUAAAUUAGUACAAAUGUAUGUAUAAUGGGUGUUUUUUUUAUCUUUACCUUUCCUUUUUAUUUACUUGUUGUUCACUGAUAUAUGUUUGAAGGGUGUUGUCUUGUUCACUGUCUUGUUGUGUGUUAUGUUUUUAUUGUUAUUAGUGUAAUGGUGUAAUGUCAUAUUGACAAAAAAAAUCAUUCUUCCUUCAGUCAGUUAUCCAUGGCCAGCUCAUAUUGCUCUGCCUCUUUUACAGCAACAACCUGAUUAUAUUUGGUCAUUUCAGAACAUACAUGUAGCUUGUUAUAUUGAAUUAGCAGUUAUAUAAUUGAGAAGGUAAAUUCCUUCUUAUAUCACAUCACCCAGGGUUUCCUAGACCUAGUAGGAUAUCAUAUGUUCUCAACAGUUUCAUAUUCUCAACCCACACCACCACUUCAGAGAAAUGACAAAGUAAUAGGUCUGACAGAUGACGGCAGAUAUGAUUAUCAUUUAACUGGAAGACCACUGUUGUAUUUUUCCACUGAGCAGCAGACCAGACCACCACCCCAACCCCUCUUCCGCUCAAUUCUCGCUCUCUGAAACCACAAAAUGUUCUAUUGUGCGCCAGACACUCUUUUGCAUCGUCUAUACUAAGACCAACAUUUGCUCAUCCCCUGUUUGAGUAUGAACACACCUUUUCCUAUAUCACAAAGGAACUUUAAUACGGUACAUUAUUACCCCAGCCUCUCACUCUCACAUCCAUCACAUAGUGGACAGACUGGUCAAAGGUGAGUUUUAAUGCUGUAUAUUCUGUUUUGCUUUUGCAACAUUUUUAUAAAAAGUAAACUUACACAAAUAGUUAUAUGAAUAUGGACUAAAAUAAUAUUUUUGAGUACACAUAUUCUAAUACUUUGAUUUGACUUUAAUAGUAGGCUGCAGUAACACAUUUACUACCACAACGGAUAACAAAAUAAAGAGAAAUUGAACAAAAUAUGCACCAAAAAACUGUACAGUCAAUAAGAGAGUGGCAUUUGAAAUGGAUAGAUAACAAGUGGGAUGAGACUUUUGCUUAUACCAGAUUAUGUAUUUAAUGGUUGAGGGUCAUGACUCGUUUCCAUUGAGGAUUCAAUUCAGGGAAUGAAUAUGAUGACAUGAAACUAGAAUUCAACAAUAACCAUUAUGUAAAUUGGGUAUAUUUAUGUCUAAGUUCCAUGUACACUAGCAUCAAGUUUUCAUACAUUUGUGUAAAAUAUGAGUAAACAUGUGGGUAGAUGAACAAUAUGUGUUAGCUUAUGCUAUGGCCUAUAGGUUACGUUUGCAUGCUGACUGGAAAUAAGUUAUAUCUUGGUUAUCAAUAAUUGUUUACUUCAUUACAAUAAUUACCCUCUAAUUCACAAAUAAUUUGUUUUUGUUUUUUUCAGCAUGAAACAGUGACUUGCAGCUGCCCCUCCCAAACAACUUCUCACCUCAUCCAGGAUGUCCUUAUUGAUAGUAUGCCUCUGGGCAGUGCUCAUGUUGUCCCUUCCUCGUCCCAGUUGCCAAUCAUGCACCAUCGGCUCAGCCAAUGAGUGCAAAGAGGCAGAAUUUGCUCCUGGAACCAACCUAGCAGGGGAAGGCUUUGACAUCACCAAAAUGAAACGCAAAGGAGCCUUUGUCAUUGACAUGAACGUGUGGAAACGCAAAGACAAGACAUGCACCCUCUGUAAGAAUCCCUAUCUGGAAGGGAAAAAACAGAGGCUUCCUUUGGCAGUGGUGGAUUGGAGACCAAACCACCAGUGUAGUAUGAAAGUGUCCAGUAAACUCCAUCGCUCCAGUGAGUCUCUCGUCAGCGCCAGCAGCUCUGCUGUCGAGAAUAACUGGAAGGUCAAUCUAGAGUUAGAGAAGGGAUCAAAAAGUGUGAAGACGAUGCUCGCUGGAACCAACUCCAAAUUGGCUGAGUACUCCAUGGAGAAAACCAAGAGUGACAAGUUCAGUUUCACAAGCCACGGUGUGUCCUGUGGGUAUUACAGGUAAACAUCAGGUGGCCCACACAGCAUGAGCUCAUUUUACCCUUGUGUCUCUGUGAAACCUCAUUUCACAAUUUCCUUUGGGGAUUGUAAAUAAAAGUGUAUUUUUGCAUGUCUGGUAUAUUUCUGUGAUCGUUUCAUUUUAUGAGUGUUUGUCUGUAUCCAUACAACAUUAACCCCCCCUCUCUCUUUUCUCUCUCCACAAAUAGCUACAGAGUAUCCGGCCAGCCCAAGUUACACAGAGAAUUCAAGACAGCAGUGAAGAAUCUCCCCAAAAUAUAUCAACAAGAAAACAAACAACGUUAUUACAAGCUUAUCGAUAACUUUGGCACCCAUUACAUUACCAAGGUGAGGGAGAGAGAUGGUCAACAUCAAUGUGGUAAAUCAUCAAGGCAAUAGGCACACAAACUAAAGAUCAAAGUUAGGGAUGUUUACCCCUAGAUGUGCAGUUUACUGGCAUCCCUCUAGGAACAUUCAUUACCUUCUACCCUCUCAUCCUGUGUGUAGGUGAGCCUGGGUGGAACGGUGCAGUCUGUGACCAGUAUCAUGCAGUGCCAGGCCAGCCUGCAGGGUCUCAGUGCAGAGGAGGUGAAGAUGUGUCUGGAUGUGGAGGCAUCUGCCAGUGUGGGUGAUGGCAACAGCUUGCAGACUGAGUACAAGCACUGUCAGGAGGAUAAGUCUAAGACAGAGAGCAAGGCCAGCUUCUCCAGUGUCUUCAAUGAUAGGUGGGGAAUUAUAGUCUGCUGCUCAUUCACAUAUAGAUUCUCCCUCGCAACAUUUCUUUAUUUCUGUCUCCCUCUCUCUUCACACUUCCCUAAUCAAUACUCUCCCUUACUGAAAUGUGUACUGCCCCUCACAAAAACCUUCUCCCCCUCUGUCACCCUACAGGUUCACAGAGGUGAAGGGUGGCCACACCACAGAACCAGAACUACUCUUCUCUGCUGAUAAAGAUCCCUCCUCCUACAAGGAAUGGCUGAACUCCCUACCACUCUAUCCGGACAUUGUCUCCUAUUCGCUGGAAUCUCUCCAUGAGUUGCUGCCCACCACCAACCCAGUUCGGAAGCACCUGCGCAAGGCCAUCAGCGACUACAUCCUGGAGAAGGCCUUGUGGAAGAACUGUUCUGAACCCUGUCAAACUGGCAUCAAAAGUGACCACACAGACUCCUGCGUCUGCAGCUGCCACAACAACCCCUGGGGUGAGCGUCGACUGCUGCCCCACCCGCAAGGGCCUGGCGCGGGUGGUCAUCACUGUUCAGAGAGGGGCCAACUUGUGGGGAGACCACACCACUGCCACUGACGGCUACGUGAAGGUAGCUUUCGCAGGCCAGAUGAUCGGACGCACUACAGUUAUCUACAACAACAACAACCCAAGCUGGGCAAUGAGCUAUGACCUGGGAACCGUGGAUCUGUCAACCAGUAAGAAGCUGAGAUUUGAGGUGUGGGACGAGGACGACAAAUGGAACGACGACCUGUUAGGAGAAUGUGAGAAGGAGCUGACAGCCGGGGUGAAGGAGGAUCUCUGCAACCUCCAGCAUGGCCAAAUGUUCUACAAGUGGGAGGCGGUGUGUGCCCCCAGUCUGGGUGGCUCCUCCUGUAUGGACUAUGUGCCCUCUCCUAUGAAUCCCCACCUGGAGAAGGUGUAUGUGUCUCGCCACUCCCGUCUCAUUCCAAAGGACAUGCUGGUGAGUAUGGGAGUGUUGGUGGACGGACCCAAUCUCCAUGCCAACAAGAGCCUCAGUACAGGGAGCAGAGAGUGUGGCAGAUUU